AUGAAUCCUGAAAAAGAAGAUAGGCGUGUAAAAAAAUUAUUUACUAUACCUAUUGAAUCUCAGAAACCUAAUAUUGGCCCAGUUCCAGAAGUUACAGAUUUACGGACACGACUACAAAAUUUUCUUUCAGAAGCAGAAAAAGCUCCAAUGCCUGAAAAUGCUGAAAACAAUAAAUUAAUUGAAUUUGUUGAAAAUGAAUCAACUGGAAAUAGUUCAAAUGACGAUUCUAAUAGCGAAAGUGAAGAUUGCAAUAAUGAGGAUAAUCAAAAAUCUUCAAAUAAUAUUGUGGUUGAUCUAUACAUACCCAAAAAUAUUGAAAAAGAAACUUCACUUGUGGAGGAAAUUGAUGAUGUAUAA